UUGAGGUAUAUAGAUGAUCCAUAAUUAUACCAUAAUCAAAAUACUUAUAUAGCACGGUUUGAUGUGAGACUACAUUCUGAAAUAUGAAAUUGAUUUGUGAAAUUAGGAAGUAUAAACUACUCAAUACGAAAACAAGAUAAUUUUCGCAAAGAAUAGUAGGUGUAAAGUAAAAUUUAUGAACAGCUGUUUGAUAGGUUGAAUAUUUAAGGAGUGACGUUAAUUUAAAUAAUAUGGUCAUUAUGGAAAAUUAUUAUUCUCCACACAAUAGAAUAUACGAGUUAUGGCAAGAAAUAGAGAAAUGCCAUUUAAGUUAUUUGGAAAUGGAGGAAAGUCCAGAGAAAAUCGAGCAGCGAAAUAAACUAGAAGAAUACAUUCAUAACUUCUUGUGUGUUGCUACACAUUCACAAAAAUUUAUGUUCCAAGAAACCCAAGAAGUUUUACAAAGGUCAGCUAGUAAUAAAAAAGAUUUUAGUGGUUACAAAGCAGCUACUGGAUUUAAUGCAAUUCAGCUAUAUGCUGGAAAUUUGCUUUCUCAGCCUUGGAGAAAAGAAUAUAGACAAAUUAAGACAUACUGUGGUUUCUAUAAACAUCAAAUAGAAGCGAAUUUAGUGGGAGCAGAAAUCUUAUUUGAAGUAAUGGGUUACAAACAUUACACGGAUGGAAUUUUGGAGCUGGAUGGCCCAUUAUGCCCAGACAGAGUAGCUGCCAUUUCAAAGGACUGCCUUAUUGCCUAUGUUGAAUGUCAGAUUAUGAAAGCAAUUUGGGAGGAACUGUCAUCUUCCUUCAAAAUAUCCUGGUUGGAAGUGUUGGAAUUCCGCAAGACACACUUAUGCGGCCCAGAACAGGCCAUCAAAGCGCUCAGGUACCGCCACCAUCAGCGACAGUACCAAGAACAUACCAGGAGUUACUCUCAAGGCUCCGACUCGUAUGUCCCUCGAUGUCAGCCGAUUGCUGUUCCUUCCACUUCUCCCGUUGUACCCAUCAAUCACUCUUUCCCUCCACUAGCCGGCUUAAGCAGUCACCAUCAUGUCGGUCUACCUCCCACUCCACAACCCAUGCCGCAGUACGUCUAUGCCAAUGGCUGCUGUGCGAAUAAUUACUCUACCUGCGGGGCUUACGCCUACAUGCCGUACUCACAGCCGAUGAUGAAACCGAAUGUAAACGGUUAUUAUUUCACAAAUGGGUAUCCAACACCCCCGAUGCCUCCAAACUAUCAGUAUCCCGUACCAACCGGCCCUCUUAUAGAUUUAGAACCCCAUAAUGGAGGUUAUGAUGUUACGGAUAGGGGUAGUCACAAACCGCGUCACACGGAUCACAUUAAUAACGAUUUAUAUAAAAUUAAGGAUAAUGAAGUUAAGGCCAAUAUUAUAGACAAGGAAAAUGACAAAGAGGACUCACAAUUUGAGGACUGGGAUUAUGUUUAUCGCAACUUAGAAAGCCAGGGUUACUCGAAAGACCUUGGCGAAAGAGGUGAUGUUUUAAGCCCUAACUCGCACAAACUGUUGAAGGAUGGCAGGAGGAUUAAGGAAACGAAUUUAGACGAGGCUCUGAAUAACCUGAUGGUUAACGAUAGGCCCUUAAAAGUGAGUGAGGCCAUCAAACGUCUGGAACAGGAAAAGAAGCCUCAGCCACUUCCAGAAGCAACCAGAAUCGACAAACAAACUUCCCCUACAAGCAGUUACGAAAACUUAAAUACGAACGAUGUAGUGAAAAAGCCAGUGUUGAAAACUACGAAAACCAUAAAUUAUGCCAAGACGAAAUCUCUCCCGAGGGAUAAACCUCAAAUUUUAAAUGACAAGCAACCGCAGAACUUCAAAACGUUAGACGUGAGAAAAACAAAGGAAGAAAAAAUCGGUAAGUCGGUCAAAGAGCAGAAUACGAAUGAAGCGAAGCCUAGUUCCACCACAUGGCAGUGUAGAGCCUGUACGUAUCUGAAUGACUUUACCAAAGAUAUAUGUGAUAUGUGCAGCAAGAGCCGUAUCACCACCAUGGAGCAACCGAUGGAGAUCGGCGGUGCGGAGUGCUCCAAAUGUACUCUAGUUAAUCCAAAGAACCUUAAGAUUUGCGAGGCCUGCGGCGCAAGUCUUAAAGGUUCCCCUACCUACAUUUAGAUGUAUAAAGGCUUAACAUACAGGGUUUGCACAAUAUUUCUUUUUUAAUUUAAAAAAAUUCUGUUUUGAAACGAUACAUGUAUGAGAUGUGUAAAAAAGUAUUUAGAAUAUAUAAUUCGUUUUGUUAAUUAGUGAAGGCAUGUUUCUUUCAUGACGUCGAUGAUGUUAAAGCUUUAUUAAUAGAGGCAGUAGUGCCGGUGAUAUGUUCUGUAUUUUUUUUUUUUGCUUCACUUUAGGGAUUAUGUAUUGUUAUUUUAUACUAAUUUUAUAUAAAAUCUACUACAGGAUCUUCCACCAACUAUUGAUUUCUGAACAGUAAACUGUAACUUUAAAUUCAAAAUAUUUUUUGGUGUGAUAGCUGAAAGGUAUGGCAAAAGUUAUAAAAAAAAUUAAAAGUUGAAACUUGCAUAAAUAAAAAAGUUUUGGUAAAAUUCAAAAUUAUAAAAAGUGUGGAAUCAGGUAGUACCGUCUUGGCCUUUCCGUAAUAUUUGCUGCAGUUCACUUUUAUUACUAUCAAUAUUCACAAAUGUAAUAAAAUCAUUUAAUCCCCAAUACGUUUUGUGAUAAGCAAGAAUAGGAAAUUCGUUGGAUUGUUUGAUUAUGAUUAUUUAUUGUUAGACUUUUUAUAUUGGUUGGUUUUGUAAAUAUAAGUACAUAAACAAUAAUAUUGUUUAAAAUAAUAAUGAGACUUAUCAUUAAGUGUUUCUUAGGCACGAUGAUGAAUUUAUUUUGUGUAAAUAUGCAAGCUUAAAUAAUAAAAUGUAUA